GAAUUAAAGCUUACACUUUAAUAUAUAAAACUACAUUAAGUUGUAAACACUUGUAACAAUUUUUAUCAUAUAAGUUUUAUGUUAAAAAAAUAAUUAUUUUAUUUUCACAAACUUGGCCAAAUUCUAAACCAUUUGAAGUCUUAAACAUCAACUUGAAAGCUAGCUAAGUCUAAAGAUCAACUCAGACUCGGUCCAAACUCAUUAUAAUUUGAAGUCGAUAAAAUUCAACAGGCGACGAAAUUGAAGGCUGCUCAGAGGUCACUGUAUGCUUCUAGAUCCGUACAUGCGCGUGAGACCAUACCCAUGAACAGAGCCUUCAUCUCCUCCUACCUAACCCCCCGCACCAUCUCUUUCCUCUGAUCAGUUAAUGCCCUGCGCAUGUGAAUUUUUAAUUUACCUUUCAACCAUGGGUGCCCUGUUCCAUAAUCCCAUCCUCGAAGUUUCUUCGUCAGCGCAACCUUGCUUCUUCCCCUUUCAUUUUCUCCUUCUCCAAUCUUCCCCGUUACGACAUUUUAAAUUAUUAAAAAUUCACCUUGUUCACACCUCAGUGUUCAAACCCAAGAAGCAACAAGUGUACAACUUCUUCAUUCUUUGCAAUUUUAAUAAAGAAAUCUAAUCAAAUCAAUUCAAUACAGCAAACAACUUGUGAUCACGCCCACGCAAUCCCACAGGACCCACUUGUUCUGUUUUUUGGUAUCAUUGAUUUCGUGAUCUUGUAAUAAUUAAAUCAACGGAUCCCCUGAAGGCUGAAACCAUAAUUGUCUUGCCUAAUCAGUCGACCAGUACCGGAAUUUGGGUCUGAGGAGAAAUUUUCAUGGAGUUCUUCAGUAAAUCCAGGGCCGUCAAGCUUAGAGGCCACCUCGACAAGUACUUGGUAGCCGACGACGACCAGGAGACGGUGCGGCAGAGCCGGAAGGGGUCGUCGCGCCGAGCAAUUUGGGUGGUGGAGUUCGUCGAGGGCCGCAGCGGCCUCAUCCGCCUGAAGAGCUGCCACGGCCGGUGCCUCACCGCCUCCGAGACGCCGUUUCUCCUGGGCAUGACCGGGAAGAGGGUGACCCAGAGCGCGCCGGAGACGAAGUGGGACGCUCGCGUGGAGUGGGAGCCGGUGGGGGACGCGUUUCAGGUGAGGCUGAAGACGGUGUUCGGGGGGAAGUACCUGCGGGCCAACGGCGGAGCGCCGCCGUGGAGGAACUCGGUCACGCACGACAGCCCGCACAGCUCCGCCACCAAGAACUGGGUUUUGUGGGACGUCGAGGCCGUCGAUGCGCCGGAGAACGAGGCGUUCGCGGAUUAUAUGUCGUCGGCUUCGAGCCUCUCGUCGGUGUCGGAUGAUGUGUUAGAUUUUGGAACUCCGUCGCCGAUGUCAACCAUCUCGACGAAGUAUCAACAGGGAUUGCGUCUGAAGUUGCAGAGCGGCAUGGACCUGUUCCGGAACGCCAAGGCCGUGCGCUUCCGUAGCCACCACGACAAGUACCUCACCGCCGAGGAAGAUGAGGAAUCGGUGACCCAAAACCGCAACGGCUCAUCCAAGGCCGCCCGUUGGACGGUGGAGUUCGUCCCCGGCGCCGGCUCCUUCCUCCGCUUCAAGAGCUGCUACGGCAAGUACCUCACCGCCUCCAACAGUCCCUUCCUCCUCGGCAUGACCGGCUGCAAGGCGCUCCAGACCCUCCCCCGCCGCCUCGAUUCCUCCGUCGAGUGGGAACCCAUAAGGGAAGGCGCUCUCGUCAAGCUCAAGACCCGCUACGGCAACUUCCUCCGUGCAAACGGCGGCCUCCCCCCGUGGCGCAACUCCAUCACUCACGACAUCCCCCACCGAACCGCCACCCAGGAAUGGAUCUUGUGGGCCGUCGACAUCGUUGACAUUCAGGUUCAGUCUUCCGAGCACAACUCGCCGGCUGCGAACCCCGUUUCUCGGAACGAUUCUCUCUCUUCCGACCUGAGCUCGCCGUCGGUGAAAUCUGCAACUCUUUCCCGACAAGAGUCUACUGAUUCGGGUUCACCGCCGAGGACAGAGGGUCGGAUCAUCUACUACGGUGUCGCUGAUGACCAUGGUGUUGUGGACGAGGAAGCCGUGGAGGGAUUUUCUUUGAACUUCAAGGGGAAUGAAGUUGAUGAGUUGACUCGUAGAUUGGAGGAAGAGACAGGGCUUGAGGGUAUUAUUGUGUGUUCUCGCAGUCCAUUGAAUGGAAAGCUUUACCCACUUCGCCUGCAGCUUCCUCCCAACAACACUACUAUGCACGUUGUUGUAGUUCAGUCUUCCUCAAAAGUGGCAAGAGACUUUGCAAAAGCAGGGGUUCCCCUAUAAAGAGUUGAGAUCUCAGCCUCAUCUGCGAUACAAUUGCACGGCUAUAAAAUACUUCUGUACAUUCUGCUUCAUGCAUGUUAAUACAGUAGCUGAAGACAUUAGGAAUCAAGUAUUGUGAAUCGCUCCUCUUGCUCAUGGAUCAUUUGGCAGAACUCUGCAGAUUCUACUGGACAGAAGUUGGAAACUAGCAAGGAAGUGUGAUCUGCAGCAGAACACAGCUGCCUCAUCUAUGGUUACUCUACAUGCUGCUGAUUAUAAAGUACUGUCUAUUUGUGGCCUUCUGCCAAUGGUUCUGAAGCACAAUUUUCUGCACUCAUUUUUUGGUUACAUUUGGAAUAGUUUGAUUGCUUGGUACGUUUGCAACUCCUAGUCCUUUUAAAGGGAUUGCUCUACUGUUUGUGUAAAAUACUUACUGAGUUUUUUGAAAUGGAAAGAUUGUGUUUUGAUGGC